GUUCAGGGUCUGGGCUGGCUCACAGGCCUUUCAGGAGAGAGAGAGAAACUCGUCGAAUCAGGAGGUUCUCCCACAACUCACAUCAUCGCUCCAUCUAGUGAUCCUUCCCGACAUGACGACGACGCUGAGCGAGAGGAGCAGCAUGCCGGACGCGCACCACCGCUGCCUCGGCUAUCCGCUGACGAUUCUCGUUGCCUCGGACGCCAUCAAUGUUGGCUCCCUCAUUGCGCCAUCCAUCGUUGGCGCUUACACGAUUCAUCAUGGGCGCGGCCAUCCUCUAAACAAGACCAAGAUCUUCUAUCCUGAUACACCCGGCUACCUUCCCGACGAUGCCGACUACCCGCCCACACAGGCCCUCAUCCAGCGGAGGACACUGCUCCUGGGCGCCAUUGAGGCCCUCACCGCAAUCAAGGAGCAGUAUCUCGACCCGAAGCGGAACGUGUGCGUCCACAUCUGCUGCACGAGCAGGUAUCUCCCCCAGGUCUGGCUCAAGUGGAUCCCUGAGUGGACCGAAAACGGCUGGCCAGGUGAGGUCCAGACUAGGCCAAGGCGGGCGAGCAACGCGACGGCAAAGAAGGCAGGCGACAACAGGCUGAGUCGACGGGAGAGUAGAAUGUCGGUUCUGAGCGACGGACGCGCGAGCGUGAUGAGCGGCGGAGGCGAGAGCAUCUUCAGCCACCCCGAGUCCCUCGGCUCGACUGGCCUCUUUGACCAGCGCACUGGCAAGCCGAUGGACGACGCCCUCAUCCGCCAGCUCGUUGACCUUCACGCGCACUUUGAGCAUGCCAUGGCCGAGCGACGCGGCACGUGUUCCGUCACCGUCGUCAGGAGGCAAGGCAACAUCGCCGCAGAAACGGCAAAGGACGCCGUGGCACUGGCCUCUUCCUCCUCUCUCAUCAGGCCAUCUGUCUCCAGGCCGAGCCACAGCCGACUGAACAGCAACGCCACGACGCUCGUCGGAGGCUACCCUCGUCGCAACAGCCUCGGCUCAAGCGCAGGCACCGGUGGCACCAAGGUCGUCAACGGCGCCGACGCUGCCACAACCAAGACGCUGCCCCGCAGCUUCAGCAAGCCGCCCUACCCGGCGCCCGCCGUGCCUGGACUCGACAAGAACGGUGAAGCGGAUGUUGGAAGGGGAAGGGCGCCUGUGCUCCCUGCCAUCAUCCCCUUCCGCUCCCUGGAGCGAUCCCUGUCGACCGACACGGCUGUGACGGGCGAGGACACGUACGAGGACGCCAUCGAUCGCAUCGAUGAGGAGGAAGAGACGCCGGCCAAAGCUGCCCCAGCUCUGGUGCCCGUUGUCUCUCCUUCUUCUGCUGCUAAAGGGGCUGAAAAGAGCCCGAGCGCCGCUGCGGCAGCCGUCAAGCCAAGCAAGCGCACCUCGAGCAUCAAGUCUCCGGUACCUGCUGAGAAGCCUCUUCGUAGUCCAAAGGAAGAGGAACAGGAUGCCUACGUCAUUCCGCGCGACUUUCAGGCAAAGACAAAGUCUGGCAAGCCCAAGGCACUGCCCAAGGAGCCGAAACAGGCUCCGGCAAAGGACAAGACUCAGACGAAGACAAAGCAGGACCCCUUGACUGCCUACCGAGCGCCCAAGAAGUCGAGCAGCAGUCUAUUCAGUCGCAGCAGGUCAUUUGCAAAGAUGCCCAACAACGAGGACGAUCAGGUCGAGAUUGCCACCGCCGACAAGUUGGCCGACGACCCAGCAGCUACCAAGAAAAAAAAGACGUUUUUCCAGCGGCUCCUCGAGCUGCCUUGAUACUCUCUCUCUGCCUCCAUUCCCGCCCCAUUUGCUACCAAUGUAUAUAGAGCUCUGUACAUAGUCUCUUAGCCAUCUCGAUUACGCCUCAUCGCUCACAUGUGCAUAGCUCCACGUUUGCUCGUCACCAUUUGCAUUGUCUAUCAAAAAUUAUGUUAAGCUGCUGCUGCAUCCUCGCUGACAAUGACAAUCUC